AGCGGCGUCGGCCAUCUUGGAAUCACAUCACUGUUUCAGGCAACUGUCUGAGCCAUUGCAUGAGCAUACUACUCAUUGAUUUACGCCGUAUCGUUUACAAAGAAGAGGAACCGUUUCUGUAUUUUUACUUAACUAAAACAUCCGAUACCUUUUUUUCCUAUUGCUCACCGAGUGACGAAGCAAACUCAGGAUUAUCGAAAGAACCGUUAUGGCGACUGCUACUCCAAGCCGUGAAGCUGGCCGGUCGGCGGCCUCUACACCUCUUUCUCCGACCCGGAUCUCUCGUUUACAAGAGAAACAAGAUUUGCAGCACCUGAACGAUAGGUUGGCCGUGUAUAUCGACCGUGUCCGGUCCCUGGAACUGGAGAACGACCGGCUGAUGGUCAAAGUGUCCGAGAAAGAGGAGGUGACUACUAGAGAGGUGACAGGCCUGAAGUCUCUGUAUGAGGCAGAGUUAGCUGAUGCUCGGCGGGUUUUGGAUGAAACUGCUAGAGAGAGAGCCAGGCUCCAGAUAGACCUUGGCAAGGCUCAGUCUGACCUGGAAGAAGCCACACGCAGUGCCAAGAAGAAGGAUAGUGAUCUUGCUGCAGCGGUGUCCAGGGCCAGCAGUUUGGAAGGCCAGCUGAACAAGAGUGAAGCAUCUCUAUCUACAGCUCUGAGUCAGAAUGCUGCUCUGACUUCUGAGCUUGCUGAUGUCAAGAGCCUGCUGGCUAAGGCGGAGGACAGCCAUGCUGUUGCUAAGCGCCAGCUGGAGGCGGAGACACUGAUGCGUGUAGACCUGGAGAACCGCUGUCAGUCGCUGAGUGAAGAGUUGGAGUUCAGGAAGAGCAUGUUCGAAGAGGAGGUGCGCGAGUCCCGGCGUCGACAGGAGCAGAGAAUAGUGGAGGUGGACUCUGGAGUCAGACAGGACUAUGAGUUCAAACUGGCUCAAGCUCUGCAGGACCUGAGGAGGCAACACGAUGAGCAAGUUUCUCUUUAUAAGGAAGAACUGGAGCAAACCUUCCAGGCCAAGUUGGACAAUGCCAAGUUGUCCUCAGAUAUGAAUGACAAGGCAGUAAGCACAGCCAGGGAGGAGGUGCAGGAGGCGCGUAUGAGAAUAGAGGGCCUUUCCUAUCAGCUGAGCGCCCUGCAGAAACAGGCGUCUGCCUCUGAGGAUCGUAUCAGAGAGCUGGAGGACCUUCUGUCAGCAGAGCGAGACAAGCACCGCUAUGCCAUCGAAGGAAAGGAACAAGAGAUGAGUGAACUGAGAGAACGGAUGAACGCUCAGCUCAGUGAAUACCAGGAGCUGUUGGACGUGAAGCUUGCUCUGGACAUGGAGAUCAAUGCAUACAGGAAACUGCUGGAGGGAGAGGAGCACAGGCUGAAGCUGUCCCACAGCCCAUCGGCUCGCGUCACUGUUUCCAGGAUAACGGGCUCUUCCUCCUCCCGCUCUUCCAAGAGGAAGAGAGUGGAGGUGGAGGGCACAGACAUGCCGGAGGUGGGCAGAGGAGAGGGGCAGCUGCUGGUGUCUGAAGAGGCCACCGCUAGCGGAGCGGUCACCAUAUCACCCACUGACAUGGAUGGAAAUGCGGUCACACUGACCAAUGACACUGAGCAGGACCAGCCUCUGGGCAACUGGAGGUUGAAGAGACAGGUUGACGAUGGGGAAGAGGUCGUCUACAAGUUCUCCCCAAAGUUUGUCCUCAAGGCGGGACAGUCAGUCACGGUGUGGUCUGCUGAUGCUGGCGUGGCCCACAGUCCACCAUCUGACUUGUUGUGGAAGAGCCAGGCUUCCUGGGGAACAGGAAAUGACAUCGUUACUUCUUUGAUCAACGCUGAUGGCGAGGAGGUGGCCAGACGAAGCGUAACCAAGACUCAGGUAGAAGUAGAGAACGGAGAAGAAGAGGAGGAGGAGGCACAAACGGGCAAGGUGUCCUCCAGAGAGUGUGCCAUCAUGUGAAGCCCUCCUGUGCUGCUGAUGGCUUUGACUUCCCCGUUUUUCAAGAUGCUCUCAGAUGUGAUCCUGUCCAUUGCCUCAUCGUCAUUAGGUUUUUAUUGUUCGAGACAAUGUAAGAACUUUUUGGACUAAUGGACUCUGUUUCUACUGCUCUCCACAUUUCUGGGCCUGCUUUAAUAUGUGUCAUUUCCCUACAUGUUACCAGCAAUGCCAACAUCUGUGCAUCACACAGAGAUGAUGGACCUAAACUGUCAAACUGUGGUGUUGCAACUGAAUAUUUCCACCUCUACUAAUAGUUCUUUACAUGUCGAUGCUUCCUUCCACUGGCUGUCUCUCAUUCUUCUGCACUGGGCAUUUUGGUUUCAUCCUUCAUGACCAGCACAAUGUAUAACAAGGUCAAGUAAAAUAACCUGUUACUUGAGUUGAUAAGGACCUCCUUACUUUCUAUAGCCAUAAAGAUAUAAUGAUUUAAUAACUUUACUGUUGAACCAGUGAUGAGCAGUUCUUCAUUCGAUUUUGGAGAAUUUUUUUUAAUUUUUAUCUUCUCUAAAAUCAAGACAUUUUUGACCAUGAGGUCUUAAAGUGUUUCCCAUCCGUUUUUUAAAUUUAAUUUCCAAUGGGGGAAAAAAAAAAAACAUAAAUGAUGAUGAUGGUAUGAUUUCUGCUGAGGGUUUCUUAUAAACAAGCAUGUUCCCUUAUAUCUGGAGAUUAUGAUUUAUAGGUGGGGACCUCUCUGUAGCACCACAACACUUCAUUUAUAAAACUCUGUUGUCACAUAUUUUUAUCAAAAAAUUGCAGCUCCUGUGAUUUGGAUAUUAUUUCGAUGACUUGUUCAGCAACAAGUGUUGUUCCUUUUACCCCGACAGAUUUUCCCCCGCUGCACAUUUCCUUUUUGAAUUUGUCUGUCUUUUGUCUUCCUGUGAAAGAUUUGCACAGAAAUGCCGUUGAAGCUGUGUUUCAGUUAAGUGUUAACUGGGCUCCCGACAGCAGGACUAAUUCUCCUUGAACAGAAACACUACAGAUUCAUCAACCUUUUAUUUCUGAUGGAAAUUAAAUGGAAAAAGUAGAGACGGUUCUCUCUACGGCCUUUGUGAGGUCUGUAGUGCAAAGCUUGUUGUUAACCCAGUGACUGCAGGUCGGGUUGAUCAAGUAAUCAAGAUAUUAUCGAAAAAUCAAUAUAGCUAAAUGCAAUUUUUUGAUAAAGGUAAAACGUGUCAUUAUAAAUGAAACACUGUGGUGCUCCAGAGACGUCCUGACCUACAAAUCAUAAUCUCCAGAUGUAAAGAAAUGUGCUUGUUAGGAACAGACCUCCAGCAAAAAUCUCAUCAUCAUAAUUUUUAUCAUUUUUCAUUGAAAAUAAAAUGCAAAAAUUACCACUGCCAAUAAAA